UUGGGGGGUGGCGCGUAGGCGCCAUGCGACUCGACCAGAACGACACACUGCAAACGAGUCAGACAAUUGGUUAUGACGAGCUCAAACAGUAUUUAAUCUACUACGAAACACAAAAGGAGGGUACUUCAGCACAUGUGAUGAAAUUAUUUCGCUGGAAUGCCGCCGCUCUCCAAUUUCGUUUCUAUUGUUUUAGGAGUCUUCUAAACUUGGACGGUAGCAGCGCGUGAAAAGAGCUUGGUGCGCUCGCUCUGACAUAAGCAUGGAGAAGGAGAGAGCAAAUGCAUUUGACAGGGAUCAGCAGUAUUGUGAGCUUUGUGGAAAGAUGGAAAACCUGCUUAAAUGUGGACGGUGUCGGAACUCUUUCUACUGUAGUAAAGAACACCAGAAAGCGGACUGGAAGAAGCACAAGCAGUUUUGUAAAGAGGCCGAGAAACCUCAGUGUCAGCCGCAGCCCAAAUCAACACAACAGCCCGUACGGACUGCGAAAGGAGGGCAAGACAAGCAGCUAAAAAAGAAAAGCACAGAGGAACAGAAUGACACAGCUUCUCAGAGCACCACAAACAAUGGGCCUUCAAAUCCGCCGACAGAUGGCGAAAGAAUUAAAGAUUUUAUCACUUCGGUAACUUGCUCGGGUAGUGUGUCUGACAGCAAGCAGACUGGGGAAGGAAUUAAGCUCAGCUCUAAGACCAACGGACAAAUGAGGUCCCCCCCGCAAAAACUGGCUAUGGACUAUAUCGUUCCAUGUAUGAGUAAGCAUGGCAUCUGUGUUGUUGACAAUUUCCUUGGAGAAGAGACUGGACUGAGUAUUUUGGAGGAUGUGAGAGCCCUCCACAAGACUGGUAAAUUUACUGACGGGCAGUUGGUUAUUCAAAGAAGUGACUCCACUAAAGAUAUACGAGGAGACAAAAUAACCUGGACUGAAGGAAGAGAGCCUGGUUGUGAGAAUAUAUCCUUUCUCAUGAGUCGCAUGGACGACCUGGUCCGACACUGUAAUGGUAAACUGGGAAACUACAGAAUAAAUGGAAGGACGAAAGCUAUGGUGGCCUGUUACCCAGGCAACGGGACUGGGUAUGUACGUCACGUGGAUAACCCUAACGGCGAUGGGAGAUGUGUAACGUGUAUUUACUAUCUCAAUAAAGACUGGGAGGCUAAGGAACACGGAGGAAUCCUGAGGAUUUUCCCAGAGGGCAAGGCACAGUUCGCCGACAUAGAGCCCAAGUUCGACCGCCUGCUCUUCUUCUGGUCGGACCGGCGGAACCCCCAUGAGGUGCGGCCAGCGUACCACACCAGGUAUGCCAUAACAGUAUGGUAUUUUGAUGCCGAUGAACGAGCUCAGGCCAAGGAGAAAUACCUAACAAGUGCAGGAGAAAAGGGAGUAAAGGUGGAAUUGAACAAGCUGUCAGAUCUGAGCUAAUAUGAGAGAAGCGGUUGGUCCUGAGGCGUCACUGCCAUCACCUGCUGCUGCUGCUGUGGACAGAGGGGGAAAGAGGGAGGGAGGGAGAUGGCAGGAUGAAGAGGAGGGAGACGAAAGAACCCGACUCGGACUAGUCAGCUUUCUUUACACUUACUAUCCAAAGUUGACACACACGCAACACACAACACACACACAGACCCUGAAUGUGAUGUCAUUGCGCUGCAAGGACUCAUCAUUUUUUGCCAAGUUUCUGUUUUUGCUUGUUGCUUUGAUUUUUUGGCUUUAUUAUGUGAAGAAUGCCAGUGUAAAAAUGAACUAUGGAGAAGAAGAAAAAAGGAAGGAGUGAGCCGAAUGCAAAAAAAAAUAUUAUUGUGAAAUUUGGGGUGAUGAAAGAAGUGUACCCAUAUGUACUUAUCUGCUGUCAUGGUCUCCAUUGGAUGGAUCUCUCACUGUUAAGAAGAAAAAAAAGGUACAAAAGACUGUGUAUGAUAUCCCUUGACAGGAGGUUGUGACACACUGUCCUGCUAUUGCCUGAUGCACACUAUAGGGCCGACUCAAACCGUACUUUGCUGAUUUGGAUACUUUCUUUUAGCACGAUCCUUUGCAGCACGGUUCUAGUAAAUGAGGAUGAUGCAUAACCACGCCAGACCAGUACAGUACAACUAGUCUCGGACCGGCUUGGCUUAGUAGUUUGAAAAGGCUAUUAAUAGCUUAAGCUGCACUGACUCUAAUAAGAUAGAAGUUUUCACGUUUGUGCAAACGGCAGUAGUGAUUUUCACAUUGCAGGCGUAUGUUGAUUGCUGUGCUGUUCUGCUGCUCCUCUUUCUCUGUGUCCUGGCACCCAUUGCUUGGUAACUGGGUCCUGUUCAUUAGGCACCAAACAGAAGAAAAUGGACUGAAACAGGGAGGGACUGACAUGCUCGUUCUCCGUUGCAAAACAUUUAAAAACGUGUUCUUUGCGUCCCAUAAUGAACACGGAUCAGUGAUCUGUCUGUUGUUGCAGACGUAAUAUCACUGUUGUCUUAAAAACCAAAAAAUGACACCUAGUUCUAUUAGCCUUGCAACGACCUUGCAGCUCUGAAGUUUAAUAAUGAAUAAAAAGGCGGGUUUUGUAAGUGCAGUUUAA